UCUCCACUCUGGCUGAAGAUGAGCUGGGCUGGCAGGAUGAUACUGGGGAUCUUCAGGAUCUUGCUGGUGCUUGUCCAUGCGUCAGCAGCCUGUGACUUCGGGCCCUCCCCUUACAGAGCCACCGGGGUCGUCUGCAGGAUGACCAAGCCCGCGGCAUUGCUGUUGAACCAGGAAACAGCACAGGUCAUCCAAGCAGCCUUCAGAAGUGCCAAAUUCCCAAAUAUCACCGGGGAAAGGUCUGUGCGUCUCCUGGGCAAGGUGGCUUACGAGCUGACCAACAUCCAAGUCAAUGACUUGUCCAUAGAGAAGAGUGACGUGGAGCUUAAGGAAAAUAAUGCCAUUUAUCUUGCCAUUAAAAACGUGACGGCCUCCUUCAAAGGGACCCUGACCUACGGCUACGCAGGGGCCUGGUUUUUGAGGCUUUUUCACUCAGUUGAUUUUGAAAUCGAGUCUUCCAUUGACCUCCAGCUGGACAUUAAACUGACGUGCCAGGAGGACAAAAUGGUUGCUGAUGCCUCAGACUGCUACCUGACUUUCCACAAACUCACCUUACACCUCCAAGGAGACAAAGAGCCAGGCUGGCUGAAGCAACUCUUCACAGAUUUCAUCUCCUUCACUCUGAAGCUUGUUCUCAAGAGGGAGGUGUGCAAGGAAAUCAAUUCUCUUGCUCAGAUGCUGGCAAAUUUUGUACUUGAUUUAGCAGCGAAUUUUGUCCGGGACAAGGAUAUCAUCGUUGAUCUCUCCCUUGCAGCAGACUCCCUGAUACAAACGGGUUACGUAGAAUCACGUCACAAGGGCCUUGUGCUGUACAAGAACUACUCCAGCACCCUGAGCGACUCUGUUUUCUCCCCGUCGCUGCUGACCGAGUCCCGAAUGCUCUACUUCUGGCUGUCCGAGCACACCCUCAGCUCUCUGGCCUCUGCAGCUUUCUUAGAUGGGAGACUGGUAUCAACCAUCAGAGGGGAGAAGCUGCAGGCACUCUUUGAAAUGGAGGACACGGAAGCGCAGCAGAAGGCGGUGCAGAUGAUUUUUCAAGGCACCUCCUAUAAUGACUCUGUGGCCAAGGUGUGGAGUCUCGCCCAGCCCCAAAUUUCUCUUCAGCCUGAAGGGACAGUCGUGAAGUGCUUGGUAGCAGUGGAGGUCAGCAUUCUUCCCGCAGGAGGAGAGUCUCUGGUGGUUCUGUACAUGGAGAAGGAAAUCACGGUCACUAUCCAAGCUGCCUAUGUGGAAAAGAAACUCAUUUUGCAGCCUUUGGACUCCAGCAUAGAGUUUAAAGUCUUGAAAUGCACAGCUGAUCCAAGUGGGAAUGACCCAUCCAUACGAAACUUUCUGCAGAACAUGAUCUCGGUUGUUGGGAUCCCAGAAGUAACUUCAAGCAUUGGAUCAGCUCUGACUUCACUGAUGGACAAAAAAGGAAUCAAUCUAUUUGAUAUCAUAAAUCCUGAGAUCGUCCCAAGAAAGGGAUACGUAAUCGUACAACUUGACUUUGACUUCCCGCAUCAUUUGCUUCUUGAUUUUCUUCACAAAAGUUUAUAGAGCUGAUCCCUUCAUAGAGAGGAGCUUGUGUACAAGCAGCAAGAUUUGUGUGUGAACCAAUUAAAAGAUGAGCUGAUUUAAAUGA